UGUGGGUGUCAUGAGGAGUGACGCGGCCAUAUUUGCCGGUGCUGCUCCGCUGUAAACAAAAAGUGUCUGUGAGACGGACGCUCCGCUGAUUUUAGGGACAAUUUUAUUUCUCUCAUUUAUUAUCUCUUCAGGUAUGUCUUACAAACCCAAUCCCCAUCAACACCUUCCGGGAACUUCUGGGAACCAAGGAAACAUUCCCUCCCCAUCGUCAAUGGCAACAAUACAGUCAUACAAGCCCAUUCUAAAUGACUUCGGACCGCCUUCGUUGGGAUUCCCACAGGGUCCAAAUGGGAACCAAGUACCUCAGAGCAAAUAUGCUGAACUCCUCGCCAUCAUUGAAGAGCUUGGGAAAGAAAUAAGGCCAACAUAUGCAGGGAGUAAAAGUGCCAUGGAGCGCCUUAAAAGAGGUAUCAUUCACGCCAGAGGUCUUGUUCGGGAGUGUCUGGCAGAGACAGAGCGAAACGCCAGAUCCUAGCGCCUCCUUCCCCUUUCUCUCCAUACGGCUGAAAGAACUGUGUCACGCGGGAAUCAUGCAUGCCUUUCCUUUGAGGGGAUAAAACAAUCAAAAAACGGAGCAUUUAUGUUACGAGUUGCGCUUUUCAUCUGCGGUUUGGAGGGAAUAAGGCACCGUUCAGAGAAUAUAUCUUCUGAUUUAUAAAUGCAAGAGAUCCAGAACUGUUGCCAUUUGAGUUUUUUUUAUAUAUUUCAUUUUCUUUGACCACAUAGUAUCUUUAAGAACAAAUAAGCAAAAAUGCAUGCAACUGGAUGAAAGGUCCCACGUUAGAAUCUGCAUGGCUUUUACAGGUUAGACUAGGUUUGUGCUUUUAGAAAUAGGUCUCAGGAUAAGGUAUUAAGUUUUUUUUUUUUGUUUUUUGUUUUUUUUUUUUACUUUGGACGCACUAAUGGGUAGGUGAGUUUUCUUUUAAUCGGGGAGAAACUGAAAAGUAUUAUAGUGAUGCCAUUACUUUCGUCUUUAUUUGUAUUUAUUACCUUGUGUAAUACAAUGUAUUUUCAUGUAAAGACAAAAAAGGUCACUCUUUGGAAUUUUGUAUA